AAGAAAGCGGGCAGAUCGUGGGUUAUUACAUCACUACGGAAUGGCAGCGUAAUCAACCUAUAACUAGAAAGAAAAAUAAUUUAUCGUAGCAAAAGCGCUGAAAGCCUUUCAGAUCCACACAGGUUGUUUGGUUAAUCAUACGAUGCUGUGUGCUGUUUAUCAAGUUAAGUCGCGGAACAAUUUAAAUUAAUGGUAAUUACUGUCCAGAGAAGUCAAAGCCCACUGAUCCUUUACUUCCUUCACUGUCAAAAGGAGGAUGUAGAUGUUCGAGUAAUUGAAAAUUAUUUUAGUGGAUUCUCCAGUAAAACCCUGGACGAUAUAGUCGAUGUCGAUAAAAUAUGUCAAUCAGCUGGUGUCCAGGAAAAUCGAUGAUGGCUUCCCUCCGCCCCGCUCUGUUCACUGCUCAUAGAUAUCAAAUUGAAUAUUAACUCCGGUGCUACAGAUAGGAUUUUACUUCAGAUCAGAUAUUCAUCGAUGAAGAUUAAUUCUUUGGAAUAAAAGCUAUGGAUAAAAGUUCAUGAUUGGUCAACCCUAGGCGAGGCUUCUUUUAUAUUUUUCAGGGCGGCGGCAAGCGGGAUUCCUAUGAUGAACUAUUGAAAAAAUAAAUUUGUAGACCGCGCUAACUACCUCACACAGGAGAGGAUCUCCUAGAAGCAGAGAGUGUCUUCCUCGCGUCAUAGAUCACUUGGAAAAAGUCGUCAAAAGACAACCUCGGAAGGCACGCUAAGUACUGUGCCUUUCCCUAUGUCCUCUGUAAGUUAAAGGCGCAUUCUGAUUCGGUGAUCCGGGUUUUUGAUUUUUUUUAACGAAAUGCAGAAUUCAACAGCAUAUCCCGAGAGUGAAGAUGAGUAUGAGGAAUUUUAUAAAACUUCGCGGUUUAUAUGUGGGAUGAUUCUGUACCCGGCGAUAUGCAUUCCCGGGUUGAUUGGAAACGGGCUGAGUCUUAUCGUUUUGAAUAUGAAAGAUAUGAAGACGUCAACAAAUGCUUUUCUAGCUGCUCUUGCAAUCUCGGAUUCGAUAAAACUCAUUAAUGAUUUGAUUUAUUUCGUUGUCUUAUUAUUGAAGCAGACCGACCCAAACGCCGGCCAGAUCGCUUUUGUGAAUAUCUACCCGUAUGCUCAUUUUAUUUUCAACAUUUCUACAUGUGUGUCCUCUUGGUUGACCGUUUCUGUCGCUACCGAGAGGUUCAUAUUGGUAUGCUACCCGAUAGAGGCGAAAACCUUAUGCACUCGGCUAAGAGCGAUUGUGAUCAGCUGUUUGAUAUACAUAGUGAUGAUUGCUGUAUCUUUCCCUUUCGCACUGCGAUACGAGAAGACCAAGAGAAUAGUGAAUAAUCAAACCGAAUGGGACUUGGAAGUCACCGAUCUCUGGAGUAACCAAGAUUUCGACAGAUAUUACACGUGGUCACUGAACUUCAUAAGAAGCAACAUCGUUUUGAUCAUCCUCAUUAUACUGAAUGCAUGCAUUAUUUUUUCCCUUCGGAAAGUGAGAGCAAAUAAGAAAAACACCCAGAGGAACAGAAUCACUUUAAUGAUGAUCGUGGUCAUAAUGGUGUUUGUAAUUUGCAUUCUUCCGGAUGCCAUCAUGUCUGUGUACGGAUUGGGUUACCACGAGGAGGGCAAUCUAGAGAAGGGUCUCCGCGAGUUUUCCGAUACUUUGUUGACAAUCAAUGCGGCGGUCAACUUUUUGAUAUACUGCGUCUUUAGUCGGACAUUUCGAGAAAAGUUUGUGGUCCUUUGCCCGCUUUGUAAGUUUAAGACUUCUGUUGGAGGGAGAAUGAACGGCUCUUACAAGACAGUGGGCACGAAAGAACCGGAGGCUCUGGAAGCUCAAUCUGUGUGAGAAAUCAAUGUGGAUUUGACCGUAUAAACAAUUUGCUGCCUUACUUCGGAUUGUAGUCAAAGACUGAUUAGUGCCAUUGAACCAUUUGAAUUGGUGCUAAUUGUAGCAUUAUGCAAACUGAAAAUUUUUACGACAAGAAUCUUUCUGAAAUUGCAGAAUUAAAGAUUAAAGAUUUUUUGGAAAGGGGGGGGGGCUAUAUAAUCAGGAAAAGAAAACCCCAGAUGUUUAAUGUCAACGUCAAGUAAUCCUCAUUAUUUUUUCUUCUAAUUAGAACUUUUUAAAGAAUUAUUUACAUGGGUGUUAACUUUAUGAAAUAAUGCAGUUUUCCCAGUUGCUAUAGCAUAUGUCAUUACGUCCAGAAGUCGAGUCUCUGUGAUCAAAGCUAUUUGUUGGGGUGGAAUUUCUUUUAUUUCAAGUACAUGUAUUUUAAAUAUAUAUAUAUAUAUAACCGA